UUGAUUUCAAAUAGCCCCACAAAAAGAAGUCUGGAGCCGUUAAAUCUGGUGAACGCGAUGGCCAUUCAAAAUCACCAUUUUUUGACAUCAAACGUCCAGGGAACAAUUGUUUCAAGAAAUUGAUAGUGGCUCGAGCUGUGUGUGGUGGAGCGUCAUCUUGUUGAAACCAGAAGUGCUCCAUGCCAUUAUCACGAACAAUUGGCAUCAAAAAAUCACUUACCAUAUCACGAUAACGCUCCUGAUUGACGGUAACCGUUUCGCCAGCUUCAUCUUCGAAAAAGAACGGGCCAAUGAUCAUAUCGGCACAAACACCGCACCAAACAGUUACUUUCUGGGCAUAAAGAGGUACCUCGUUAAUGAUUUGAGGAUUUUCAGUACCAUAGAACCGACAAUUUUGUUUGUUUACGGUUCCGGUUAACGUGAAAUGAGCUUCAUCGCUCAUGAUGAUUUUUUGCCAAAAAUUUUCGUCAGUUUCAACCAUUUCGAUUACUCUUUGGGCCCAUUCCAAUCGACGUGGCUUAUCGACAGAUCGACGUGUUUGAGAUGUUGUUGGAGACCUCUAAACACUGGCCUGUACGAGUGCGAUAUUAUCAUCCGAUCGCCUUGGUCGCAUUUUAUUUGGAUGCUCGGGAUUAUUAAAGUUGUUUGUGGACAUUUUCAUACACUUGUCCUCACUGACAAAGGAAAAGUCUAUGCCUGGGGUGCUAACUAUAAGAAACAAUUGAAGUCAUUUCAUAUUGAUGAAGUACUAACUCCUUUUAUGAUAAAUAUACCUAAUGUAAAGAAAAUAUCAGAUAUCGCCAUCAUAGAAUAUGCGAGCAUUGUCAAAUCUAGCGAAGAUCAACUCGUCUAUAUACGGGGUGAGCUAUUUGGAAAAAAAAUUGAGGAAUUUGCCAUCUGCGAAUACACAAAUAUAUUUGACAUAUGCAAUUUGACGAUGGCACAAUCACCGAUAUCUAUUUUUCAUACAUAUACAGAUGAAGAAAAUAUGAUAUUAAGCGAUUUAGAAGCGGCAUUCAAUGAUAAUUCCUCGAGCUGUUUUACAAUAGAAGUUGGAAAGAAAUCUAUCUAUGUUCACAAGUAUAUUCUGAAAAUCCGUUCAUCAUAUUUCGCAAACAUGUUCCAGUUUAGUGGACUUGAAAAUAAACAAAGGGUUAUCAAGUAUGAUGAUUAUUCGUAUAUUGUGUAUAGAGCGUUUUUUAAAUAUUUAUACACCGGUGUAAUCGAUCUAUUGUCUUUGGAAAACGAAUUAGAGCUUUUAAAGUUAUCUAACAAAUAUUGUAUGUUUAAUCUUGAGAAAGAUUGUAUUCGAAUAAUAAAAAAAAAGAUAACAAUAUUCGACGUUUUCUAUAUUAAAAAAAUAGCAAUGCAGUAUGGCAUAAAGGAAUUGGAAGAUUAUUGUUUCAAUUUUAUCUUAAGACACAAUAUAGAAGAUAUAUACUGA